UUGUCACUUCCCUCUAUUAGCCAGGGUAUAAGUACCUGGCUAAUCUCUGUGGCCCUUAUCGGGUCGUUAGUGUUUCCUCGCUAUGCCUAGCACGAGUUCAAGUUUGGUGUACUGUGCAGUUCUCGUACUGCUUUUUGUUGCGUUGCUCUCAAGCAUCGCCUCUCGGUGCUAGGGCGUAGUUCCGCUCAUAGCUACACUUUUGGUAGCUGCUUUAGUUUAUGGCCUUUUGCCCUCGUUUUGUAUCUUCUGUGUUUUUGGAUUUUCCACUGCUUUCCUGUGUUUUGGAUUACCACUGUCUUGCAAUAAACCAUCCUUUUCAACAUCCUGCAACUGGGUCCUCUCAUUAGCACACUGGGCUAAGCGCUGGUUCCCCACAUCCAGCAUCUCGGGUUCAAUCCCCGAGAAAAGCCUGACAGAACGACCCGAGCAACAUGGACCCAGCAGGUAGUGCCCAACAGGGAUGCAAGAAGUUGGCACAGACGUUGAAGAAGCUGCUUCAGCGCGAGCAGGUCUUGCUGCAGCUGCAGAAGGAUCUCGACCGCCAGCAGGAGGAUCUAGCUCGUCGCCAGCAACAACUGAACCGUCGGCAACAACUGGACCAACCUCCCCCGUGGUUCCCACUCUACGAUGGCAAUCCGGGUGGCUGCAGAGGUUUUCUCCUCAAAUUUGAUCUGGAGUGCAGCCGUCGGCCCAUCACCCUCUCCUCCGACCGGUCGAGGAUUGCCUACAUGAUAAUCUUGCUCUCAGGCAAGGCCUUGACAUUGGCAACCGCUUUGUGGGAGAAGCAAGGCCCCGAGUGCUCCAGCCUCAGGGCUUUUCAGGCGGUGCUGUUGUGGGUCUACGACCGGGUUAGCAUGGACAGCUUCGAGGCCGCCAUUGCCUCUGCUCUGAAGAGAGAUGCGGCCCGUAACCCUGCUCUCCCAGUGACGGCAGCUGCCGUUCCUGAAGCCGCGCUUCCAGAGGCACCCAGCCUGGAUGCAGCAGUCCUGGACGCUCCCAGUCCGAGUGAACCUGGCAGCCCAGAGGCUGCCAGCUCGGAUGCCCCCAGUCUCAGUGCACCAGGCAGCCCGGAGGCCGCCAGUCCGGAUGCCGCAGUCUUAGAUGCUGCCAGCCCGGAGGCCGACAGCCCGAAUGCUGCCAGCCCAAGUGAACCAGGCAGCCCGGAUGCCGACGCCCCAGAUACCGCCAGCCCGAGUGAGCCAGGUAGUCUGGAGGCCCACAGCCCGGAUGAGCCAGGCAGCCUUGAGGCCGACAGCCCGAAUGCUGCCAGCCCAAGUGAACCAGGCAGCCCGGAUGCCGACGCCCCAGAUACCGCCAGCCCGAGUGAGCCAAGCAGUCUGGAGGUCGACAGUCCGGAUGAGCCAGAUGCCGAAGCCCCAGAUACCGCCAGCCCGAGUGAGCCAGGCAGCCUUGAGGCCGACAGCCCGAAUGCUGCCAGCCCAAGUGAACCAGGCAGCCCGGAUGCCGACGCCCCAGAUGCCGCCAGCCCGAGUGAGCCAGGUAGUCUGGAGGCCCACAGCCCGGAUGACGAAGCCCCAGAUACCUCCAGCCCCGGUGAACCAGGCAGCCCCGAUGCCGCCAGUCCCGGUGAACCAGGCAGCCCCGAUGCCUCCAGCCCCGGUGAACCAGGCAGCCCCGAUGCCUCCAGCCCCGGUGAACCAGGCAGCCCCGAUGCUGCUGUCGACCCGGACCCCACAGUCUACGCUGUCGACCCGGACCCCGCAGUCUCCGCUGCUGACCCGUACCCGGCAGUCUCUACUGCCGACCCGGACCCUGCAGCCUCCGCUGCUGACCCGGCCCCGGCAGUCUCUACUGCCGACCCGGACCCUGCAGCCUCUGCUGCCGACCCGGACCUCGCAGCCUCCGCUCCAGGUGCCCCUGUCCAGAGCGCCCCUGUCCUGAGCACCCCUGGCGCCCCUGUCCAGAGCGCUUCUGUCCCAGGUGCCCCUGUCCUCGUCCCAGGCGCCUGUGUCCCUGCCCCUGUUCCAGGCGUUCCUGCCCCAUGCGCUCCUGGUCCUGUCUCAGGUGCCCCUGUCUCCAGUGUCCUAGGUGCCACAGCCCCGGUUCCUGGUGCUGCCAGCCCCAGUGAACCAGGCAGUCCAGGUGCUGUGACUGCCCCAGCCACUGGUCUUGCAACUCCAGCCGUCGCUGACCCGGCAACCCCAGCCACAGCUGGUGCUGCAACCCCAACCUCAUCCUCUGACUGCGUCUUUGCGAGCCUGGCCAGGGGGGUGCUUCUUGGUCUCCUUGGUUCCAACAAGGCUUCCGGUCGCCUGCCAGACCAUUCGCCUCAUGCUGGUCGUCCACCCGACCAGCCGCCAAAGACUCUGCCCCUGCUUGGCCGCCCGCCCGGCCGCCCACCAGACACUCUGCCCCUGCUUGGCCGCCCGCACGGCCGUCCACCAGACACUCGGUCCUGGUUCGGCCGUCCACCCGGCUGGCCACCUGACCCUUGGUUCCUGCCCUCCGGCCUUGCAACCAACACCCUUCCUUCCGCGAGACUGGCCGAGGACCGAGACGACUGCACUCUGUCCCUGACCGUGGCAGCCGUGAUGCGAGAGCUUCAAAGGGUGAACUCUCGGAAAGUCAUCCUGGCCCGAUGGAGUUCCAGGCCGCGUCCUCAGGGGGUGCACCGACCGGCUAGCGGAGUCCCCACCUGCUUCAAGCAGGCCACCAUCAUCCCCAUACCGAAGAAACCAUCCAUCACCUGUUUAAAUUACCGCCCUGUAGCACUGACCUCCACCAUCAUGAAGUGCUUCGAGCGGCUGGUCAAAACCCACAUCUGCUCUACCCUUCUGAACACCCUACACCCCUUUCAGUUUGCAUACCACCCUAACAGAUCUACAGAUGAUGCCAUCGCCCUGACAACGCACACCACCCUCUUCCACCUGGAAAAGGAUCUUAUGGAGGAUUCUGGCAUCUCCCUGCUUUGGGACGCCCUCAAUCAGAUGCUGAAACUUCCUCUUCAGAGUGGAUCUGAGUUCUGCCUCUUCUGGCUCCUGUCGGGGACUGAACCCGAGUCGCUGGAUUCGUUUUAG